AUGGUUUGGCACAGAGGAAAAAACAUGGCUACAGUUUAUCUCAUACUGCUCUUCGGAGCAACCGCUUUCGCCGCCCCAUCUCAGGCGGCGGUGGCUCAUGUCCACCCAUACGAGGAUGAGGCCGACGAGAUCACGGCGGCGGAGGAAAUCAUCAUGAGCACCAGGAAGCUGCUGCAGUCGCCGCCGCAUUCCGGUGGGGACGAUCAGGACGUGCCGCCACCAGCACCGAAGAAGCCGGUUUUUAGGUGGCCGUGGAAGAAGUCGCCGCCGAGAAUCAAGCCGCCACCGGGAAGCAGGCCGCCGUGGUGGAAGCCCUGGGGAAGGAAGAAGCCGCCGCAGGCACCGGGGAGCAAGCCACCGAAGAGGCCGUGGUGGAAGCCCUGGGGAAGGAAGAAGCCACCGCCGGCACCGGGGAGCAAGCCACCAAAGAGGCCGUGGUGGAAGCCUUGGGGGAGAAAGAAGUCGCCACCGCCGCCGCCGCCGCUGCAUGCAUGA